GGCUUAUCACCACAUCUUCGGAGAAGUUGGGGGCCGACAAGGACGUGGCUUCGAUUCGGGGCCUCGCCUUGGAUCAGGGGCCCGCUGGGCGCACGGUGGCUGGCAAGGUGCUGUUGAAACGCCUGGAGGCGGACUUCAAGUACUAUGCAGGGCUGGAGGAGUCUUCAUUCUGGAACAUCACGCCGUCGACGGUGACGAGCCUCCUUCAGGAUAAAGAGCAGCUUGCGGAGCUUCUGGCGGAGUUGGAGCGCCUUCAGACCGUUCUGAGAAACAUGGCACGAUCUGACACAGAUGCUAUGUAUGAAGCCAUGGCAACCGCCAAGAGUUUGGCCAACACUGUCCGGGGCCAGGAGGGAGCGGCGAUACGUCUUGCGCGCUUGGUGGGCGCUGCUCCCACACUGAGCUUUCAGGACAUUCUCCAAGUUCUUCUCGUUCGUGGCGGCACGGAGUUGUUGUUGCCCCAUCUGUGUCCCAUGCUCACGGGGGAGGAUAUCCGUGAUUUGGCAGCAGCUGCGGUGCUGGCACUCCUCUUGAGCUCACGCGCACUCCUUUGCCGACGCGCGUUGGCUGCGCUGGGAGCGCUGAAGGCCCUGGUUGAACGAGCAAAGAAGAUGGACUCCAGCCGCGUCAGUGGCAAUGCUCGGCGUCAGAGUUGGUGGCGAAGACUCAGCGGCAGGUUUCGCCAUGAGGAGGAUGACGUGGAGGAGGACGCACGUGGCCCAGAGUUGUGUGAUGCCGCGUGCGAGGUCGCCGCGGCCCUCGGUGUGGAAGCGCACAGCGUAGAGGGGAUGACGUACGAUCCCCGCUUGGUGCUCUUCGAGUUCGUCGCCGGGCUUGUGCUGCGCAAGAAGCAGGUGGAGCUCGUCAGGGCGAUGCAGGCGGCUGUUGAGGAGGGGCGUCCGCUGGUGCACCAGAUGCUGAUGGGCCAGGGGAAGACAACCGUCGUAACGCCGCUGACCAUCCUGGUUCAUGGCACUUCGACAAGGGCCUGUGUCGUUUGCUGCCCGUCGGCCCUGCUGGAGUUCACCUGCAAAGUGCUGCGGGAGCGCCUGUGCGGCGUGCUGUUUCGCCCGGUGGUGGAGUUCCAUUUCACUCGUUCCACACCAGUUUCGGACGAUCACUUCUUCAAAUUGCUGCAUGCUCAGGCAUCGCGUGCAGUCCUCUGUUCCGGGCCCACGGCGCUGAAAUCCCUGUUGCUUCGCUUCGUGCUCACACUGCACGCCAUCGAUGUUGCUCAAAGCAAGGAAGUGGAGAGGACCGAGGUGAAUCGCAGCAAGGAAGCGACACACCACGACCAUGUGCCACUGGGCAAGGAUCCUCGGCGGGUUGUCAUGAAAGCCCACGUUGUACGUUCUGUAGAUGAAUACUGA